AUAAGGCUUCCAGUCCAAGCAGGAGCCAGACUUGUCCUGUCUUCUCUGUCCCUGCCGCUCUCGCCGACAUGCCAAUCGUUGAACUAGACACCAACCUGCCUGCUGACCGCUUACCCGCGGGACUGGAGAAGCGGCUGAGCCAGGCCGCCGCGGCCAUCCUGGGCAAACCAGAGAACAUCAUGCACGUGUUGGUGCGACCGGGCCUGACCAUGAUGCAGGGUGGCUCUUCUGAGCCUGGUGUGCACCUGAGCAUUACAGCAUUUGAAGGACUGGGCACCGCAGAGCAGAACCGUGAGCACAGCGCCCGCUUCUUUGAAUUCCUCACCAAGGAGCUGGGGCUUGCCAAGGACAGAAUACUUAUUCGCUUCUAUCCAGUGGAAUGCUGGCAGAUCGGCAUGAAUGGGACAGUUGCAACGUUCUUAUGAUUGUCGCCAAAGGAUCCGGGGUGUCUGAUGUUUGCCACAUCCUGGUUGAGUGGGGAUCUGGGAGAUGCCAACUUUGAGCUGAGCUGCACAUGACCUCCCAGGUCCCCAACGUCCUGACCAAUAAAUGAAGAGAGCCUCACAGUGCA